GUAGGGGGCUAAGGGAGGAAGGAAAACUUUAAUUUAUCAGCGGUAUUAAAAAAAAAAUAACAUUUUAUAACGUCCACCGUUCUGAAGAAUGACUAGCAUGGUGGAGCCUUCAUGCGAGCAUGAGUCUUCUUAUGAUUAGUGAAAAUGUAAAACUGGCUCGUGAGUAUGCUUUGCUGGGAAACUAUGAUUCGGCAAUGGUUUAUUAUCAGGGAGUACUUGAUCAAAUGAACAAAUACCUCUACUCUGUCAAGGAUACAUACCUGCAACAAAAAUGGCAACAGGUGCGGCAGGAGAUAAGCGUAGAAGCUAAGCAUGUUAAGGAUAUCAUGAAAACUCUGGAAAGUUUUAAAUUAGACAGCACCCCUUUGAAAGCAGCACAUCAGGAGCUCCCAACUCCGGAUGGAGAAGUCUGGUCCUUACCAGUACCUGUCGAACGUCGACCUUCACCGGGACCCAGAAAACGCCAGUCUGCUCAAUGCAGUGAUUCGAGAACACACAGUAACCGUCCAGGUGUGGCAGCCAAAGGCCCACACCGGCCGUCUGCUCGAAACCCCAAUAAUGACAAAGGGAAAGCAGUCCGAGGUCGGGAAAAGAAGGAGCAGUCCAGUAAAGGAAGAGAGGAGAAGAACAAAUCGCCUGCUGAAGUUUCAGAACCUGAAAUACAUAAAUUUGACGGUACCGGGUAUGAUAAAGAUUUAGUAGAAGCCUUAGAGAGAGAUAUCAUUUCCCAGAAUCCCAAUAUUCGAUGGGAUGAUAUAGCUGACCUAGUAGAAGCCAAAAAAUUGCUCAAAGAAGCUGUGGUUCUACCCAUGUGGAUGCCAGAGUUCUUCAAGGGCAUUAGGAGACCUUGGAAAGGAGUGUUGAUGGUUGGCCCGCCCGGCACGGGGAAGACUCUGCUUGCUAAAGCAGUAGCUACUGAGUGCAAAACGACAUUUUUCAAUGUUUCAUCUUCAACCCUCACGUCCAAGUACAGAGGAGAAUCCGAGAAGCUGGUCCGGCUCCUGUUUGAAAUGGCUCGAUUUUACUCACCAACCACUAUAUUCAUUGACGAGAUCGAUUCCAUCUGUAGUCGCAGAGGAACCUCUGAGGAGCACGAAGCAAGUCGAAGGGUGAAAGCCGAGCUGCUAGUUCAGAUGGAUGGUGUUGGGGGUGCUGCCGAAAAUGAUGAUCCUUCCAAAAUGGUUAUGGUUCUUGCGGCUACUAAUUUUCCCUGGGAUAUAGAUGAGGCCUUAAGACGACGCUUAGAAAAAAGAAUUUAUAUUCCACUACCAUCAGCAAAGGGCAGAGAGGAGCUCCUGCGAAUAAGCCUGCGUGAACUGGAACUGGCUGAUGAUGUCAACCUUGCGAGUAUUGCAGAAAAUAUGGAAGGCUAUUCCGGUGCAGAUAUUACCAAUGUUUGCAGGGAUGCAUCCCUGAUGGCCAUGAGGAGACGGAUCGAAGGGUUGACGCCCGAAGAAAUCCGGAAUCUUUCCAGAGAUGAGAUGCACAUGCCUACCACCAUGGAGGAUUUCGGCAUGGCUUUGAAAAAGGUUUCUAAGUCAGUAUCGGCCGCGGACAUUGAGAGAUACGAGAAAUGGAUAGUCGAAUUUGGAUCGUGCUGAGUUCUUUUCUAACUAAACCUAAUCUUGAGAAACCUGCCUUAAGUCUUAAUUCGUUCCGGUCUGUAAUGAAAGCCAGCGUUCCAUUGCACCCCGCGCUCUAUUUUUUUAAGCUUUUAUAAUGACAAAAUCAAAAGAGAACAACAUGAUUCUGAAUAAAAGUAAUUUUUUAAGCUGCAGGCA